AUGCUGAAGCUGCCCCCCGGCACCCAGUGCAGCAAGCUUCGACGUUCGAUUGCCCCACUGCCCCCGUCUCCUCCACGGCCCCAGAUCCAGACGGCCCUCAGAAUCAGUGGCAGCAGGCAGCACGGGCACAAGGUGCUUUCCGCUGCCCGGCGGUGCCCGGUCAGGCCCCUGGACCGCCUACUCACCAAGGAUCCCAAGCAGCGCCUGGGCUGCAGGGGCGAAGGAGUGGCUGAAGUCAAGGGACACCCUGUGUUCAGGGACGUUAACUUCAAGAGGCUGGAGGCCCACGUGUCAGACCCCCCUUUCCGUCCUGACCCGCAGGUGGUUUACUGCAGGGACGCCCUGGACAUCGAGCAGUUCUCCACGGUGAAGGGCAUCCGCCUGGACAGCACCGACUGCACCUUCCACAGCCAGUUCAUCACGGGCUGUGUCUCCAUCCCCUGGCAGAGCAAGAUGACCGAGUCUGAAUGUUCCAAGGACAUCAACGAAAGGGGAAAUGUGGCAUUAGAUCCAGAAGAGAAGACAUAUCAGCGCUCCCAGACAGAAGAAGGCUUCUUCCACAGACUCUUCACUCGAGGGGGCUGCAUCACUGCCAGCCCCAGCGAGAAGGAGGGGCUGCCCUCCAGACGGCGAGCCCUUGCUGCACAGCUGGCUGGCGCCACGGAGCCCGUGCCCUGGGCUGCAUCCUGCCCGUGAACUGCA